AUGAGGAAAGAGAAGAAAGGCGAGCGGAAAGAAGACUUAAAUCCGGCUGUUCGGCGGCAGGCUCUUACCCCAGGGGUCAACACCGAGGAGGGAGACAGUCUGAGCUCCGUUUUAACAAAGGCACCUAUAAAACUCCUCCACAAACCUCCAAGUUCAUCCCAGCCGGUGUCUCCUACCAUCCACCUCAACAUCAGCCUCAACUCUGCACCAAAUCUGCCACUGUUCAACACACACCAGCCCAUCAUCAAACUGUCCUGUCAGAGGAAGAAGACUCAUCCCACUCCUAACCUGCAGGGGGCGCUCACUACAGGCACUGAACAAACAGUGUGGCUGCACAAGAAGAACGUCUCACCGAAGCCCAGAUAG